AUGCUGCACCAGCCACCGUCAAGACCAGAUGCUGCACCAGCCACCGUCAAGACCAGAUGCUGCACCAGCCACCGUCAAGACCAGAUGCUGCACCAGCCACCGUCAAGACCAGAUGCUGCACCAGCCACCGUCAAGACCAGAUGCUGCACCAGCCACCGUCAAGACCAGAUGCUGCACCAGCCACCGUCAAGACCAGAUGCUGCACCAGCCACCGUCAAGACCAGAUGCUGCACCAGCCACCGUCAAGACCAGAUGCUGCACCAGCCACCGUCAAGACCAGAUGCUGCACCAGCCACCGUCAAGACCAGAUGCUGCACCAGCCACCGUCAAGACCAGAUGCUGCACCAGCCACCGUCAAGACCAGAUGCUGCACCAGCCACCGUCAAGACCAGAUGCUGCACCAGCCACCGUCAAGACCAGAUGCUGCACCAGCCACCGUCAAGACCAGAUGCUGCACCAGCCACCGUCAAGCCACCGUCAAGACCAGAUGCUGCACCAGCCACCGUCAAGACCAGAUGCUGCACCAGCCACCGUCAAGACCAGAUGCUGCACCAGCCACCGUCAAGACCAGAUGCUGCACCAGCCACCGUCAAGACCAGAUGCUGCACCAGCCACCGUCAAGGCGAGAUGCUGCACCAGCCACCGUCAAGACCAGAUGCUGCACCAGCCACCGUCAAGACCAGAUGCUGCACCAGCCACCGUCAAGGCGAGAUGCUGCACCAGCCACCGUCAAGACCAGAUGCUGCACCAGCCACCGUCAAGACCAGAUGCUGCACCAGCCACCGUCAAGACCAGAUGCUGCACCAGCCACCGUCAAGACCAGAUGCUGCACCAGCCACCGUCAAGACCAGAUGCUGCACCAGCCACCGUCAAGACCAGAUGCUGCACCAGCCACCGUCAAGACCAGAUGCUGCACCAGCCACCGUCAAGACCAGAUGCUGCACCAGCCACCGUCAAGACCAGAUGCUGCACCAGCCACCGUCAAGGCGAGAUGCUGCACCAGCCACCGUCAAGACCAGAUGCUGCACCAGCCACCGUCAAGACCAGAUGCUGCACCAGCCACCGUCAAGACCAGAUGCUGCACCAGCCACCGUCAAGGCGAGAUGCUGCACCAGCCACCGUCAAGGCGAAGCGCAGAUGAGGAUGGUGCGGACUCUGUUACUCCACCAGAAGAAAGUUGUCAAGAUCUUCAGUGGUGGAGAGGCCACCUUGAGGAAAAGAACACGCCGAAUGCACCAAGGAAGUCCUGUGACCACAGCUGCUGGCACUCCCCCGGCCUCCAUAACUGUAAGGAGGAGAUUACGGCCGUUGUCUGCCGUUUAA